AGCUGUUUUCCAUUUCUUGUUCUGCUCUCACCAUGUCCGAGACCGCGCCGCCCGCCCCGGCUGCUUCCACUCCUCCGGAGAAGCCUUCAGCUGGCAAAAAGACGAAGAAGCCUGCGAAAGCUGAAGCAGCUGCGAAGAAAAAGCCUGCGGGUCCUUCAGUUUCGGAGCUGAUCGUGCAGGCCGUUUCCUCCUCUAAGGAGCGCAGCGGCGUGUCCCUGGCUGCGCUCAAGAAGGCACUGGCUGCUGCUGGCUAUGAUGUGGAGAAGAACAACAGCCGCAUCAAGCUGGGUCUCAAGAGCCUGGUGAGCAAAGGCACCCUAGUGCAGACCAAGGGUACCGGCGCCUCCGGUUCUUUCAAACUCAACAAGAAAGUGGCCUCUGUGGAAGCCAAGCCCAGCGCCACAAAAGUGGCAGCGAAAGCUAAGGCAACCAGUGCUUCUAAGAAGCCCAAGAAGGCCACCGCGGCGGCUGCUGCUAAGAAAGCUGUCAAGACUCCGAAAAAGGCUAAAAAGCCAGCGGUGGCAAAGAAGCCUUCCAAGAGUCCCAAGAAGCCCAAGGCUGUGAAGCCUAAAAAAGUGGCUAAGAGCCCUGCUAAAGCCAAGGCUGUGAAACCCAAAGCUGCCAAGGCAAAGGUGACCAAGCCAAAGACUGCCACGAAGCCCAAGAAGGCAGCACCCAAGAAGAAGUAAAGCUCCGGUUGGAAUCUCCAGUAACCCAACGGCUCUUUUAAGAGCCACCAA